AUGUGUGGUAUCUUUGCUUAUCUGAACUACCAGAUCCCUGCCACCAGGCAGGAGAUCUUAGCGAAGCUCAUCAAUGGACUCAAGCGCCUGGAGUAUAGAGGAUACGAUUCUGCAGGAGUUGCAUUUGAGGGCUCGCCUGAUAAUUCCGUCAGUAAGUGCCAAAUCAAGAUCAUUAAACAAACUGGCAAAGUUGCAGCCUUGGAGAAACUUGUGUUGGAAUCCAAGGAAGGAAAUGAUUAUGAUAAAGCUUUCAACAUUCACGUGGGCAUUGCUCACACCCGCUGGGCCACACAUGGUGAGCCAAGCCCAACUAAUGCUCACCCUCACAGGUCGGAUCCAGGCAAUGAGUUUGCCUUGGUCCAUAAUGGAAUCAUUACAAACUAUAAGGAUAUUAAGUUCUUCCUGAGUCAGAAAGGUCAUAUAUUUGAGACUGAGACAGACACUGAGGUUGUGGCCAAGCUGAUUAAGCACCUGUAUGACAACCACAACGAUCAGAAGAUCAAGUUCAGGGAACUAGUGGAACUGACCGUUGCCCAGCUGGAAGGGGCUUUUGCAAUUGCCGUCAUUAGCAAACAUUACCCAGGGGAGGUGGUUGCUACCAGGAGAGGUAGUCCUCUGUUGAUUGGUGUCAAGAGCAAGAACAAACUAAGCACAGACCACAUCCCUGUCCUGUUUACCAAAGACCACAGAGGAUUUCUAGGAAGCAGCCAAGGACGUAGAGUUGACGAGCAGCUUGAGUUCCACACAGCAGGCUCUGACAAGGAGAUUGAAUACUUUUUUGCAUCGGAUGCCAGUGCCAUCAUUGAGCACACAGACCAGGUGAUAUUUCUGGAAGAGAAUGACGUGGCAGCAGUUAUUGAUGGCACACUGAACAUUCAUCAGGCCACACGCUCGCUGGAUGAGAAGACCUUCAGAGAAAUCAUCACUUUGAAAAUGGCUAUUGAGGAAAUCAUGAAAGGAAGCUUCAACUCCUUCAUGCAGAAGGAAAUUUUUGAGCAGCCAGAGUCAGUGGUGAACACCAUGAGAGGCAGGGUGAACUUUGAAUCAGGGACUGUGGUUCUUGGUGGCAUCAAGGACUACAUGAAUGAAAUUCGACGCUGCAGGCGGCUCCUGUUUAUAGCCUGCGGUACCAGCUACCACAGUGCUGUGGCCACCCGGCAGCUGCUGGAAGAACUGACAGAGCUGCCUGUGAUGGUGGAAUUGGCUAGUGACUUUCUGGACAGGAACACUCCAAUAUUCAGAGAUGAUGUUUGCUUCUUCAUCAGCCAGUCAGGUGAGACUGCGGACACACUGAAUGCCCUUCACUACUGCAAGCAGAGAGGAGCUCUCAUUGUGGGUAUCACCAAUGUUGUGGGCUCCAGCAUCUCUAGAGAGUCCAACUGUGGAGUUCACAUCAAUGCUGGGCCGGAGAUUGGUGUGGCAUCCACUAAAGCUUAUACCAGUCAGUUUAUCGCCCUAGUCUUGUUUGGACUGAUGAUGAGUGAAGACAGGAUCUCCCUCCAGAACAGACGUAAGGAAAUCAUUCAAGGCUUGAAGGAGCUUCCAGAACAAAUCAAGACUGUGUUGACCAUGGACAAGGAGAUCCUGGAACUGGCAAAAGAGCUUCAUGAAGAGAAGUCGUUGCUGGUCAUGGGCAGGGGCUUCAACUAUGCCACUUGUCUUGAGGGUGCUUUGAAAAUUAAAGAGCUGACCUACAUGCAUUCAGAAGGCAUCUUAGCUGGUGAGCUGAAACAUGGUCCGCUGGCUCUGGUUGAUGAGGCAAUGCCUGUCUUGAUGGUCUGCACCCGAGACAAUGUGUUUUCU